CACCGUCGCCCAACCUCUCAAAGUCACAGGUAAUCUCUCUCUCUCUCUCUCUCUCUCUCUCUCUGAGCAAAAUGUCGAACGCGGGAUUGACGAUCUUCGACGGUGCGCUACUCAGAUCCAUCGAUCUCAACCUUCCGGAGCUCGAGCACGGCGUCACCGGAGCUCAGCUUCUCGAAAUCUCCGAAUCCAAGGUCUCUGAAUCUCUCUCGGGGCUCUCACUGCCGCCGCACAUCAAAGAAGCUGCGAUCUCCCGAGUAUCCGCGGGAGAUGACGUCAGCUUCCGACGUGCGGAGUUAAAUAGAGAACAAGCGAGUGAGAAACUCGGAGUGUUCGUCUCCGCCGUUGCGGAUGCUCUUACAGAUACUCCAGUUGUGGUUUCAAUUCUGGAUGGGAGUACGUUGAAGCUGAUUUUGGAGGAUGAGGAUGAUUUUGCAAUGUUGGCAGAGAAUCUCUUCACUGAUUUGGAUGAAGAAGAUAAAGGAAAGCUUCCCAAGAGCCAGAUUCGAAAAGCUCUUUCCCUCAUGGGUGCUGAGAUGGGUGUCCCUCCACUCUCAGACUUUCCCAUCUUAGAUAACAUCAUUAAGAAGCACGAUGCUGAUGGCGACGAAGAGCUAGGACAAGCACAGUUUGCAGAACUACUACAACCAAUUCUACAAGAAAUAGCAGACGUCCUUCAUGAGAAACCAAUCACCAUCGUCCAGAACGUCGAGAUCUUCAAUGGGUCAAAGCUUCGUAAGAUUCUGGCAGACGAGAAGACACUCAAGUGUCUCGUAGAAAAAAUGGUGAAAGACAACCAAGGACGAGCAGAUCUUAUAAAGAACUUGAUGAUAGAGAACGGAAAAGAGUUGGGAUUGCCUCCGUUAUCAUCAGAGAACGAAUCAGUAGCUCUUCUCUACGAGACAAUACAAUCUCAGUUGAAUAAGAGAGAUAAAGAAACCUCUGACGCAUCCACAGAAGAGGAGUUUAUGGAUGCUUUAAAAGAUAUACUCGGGAGAUUCGCGGAGUUGCUCGAAUCCACACCGGUAUAUUCUGCUACCACUCUCUAGAUUCACAUAAUGUUUUGAGUUAAAUUAUUGUAUAUCUGAGAAUUUCAGUCGCAUACCAGUUGUCUCUGCUAUUUGGUCUUAUUGAAAUUAUUGCUGAAUAUGGAUGAUACAUGAUGAUUUCAGCAGCUAAGUGUUGGUUACUUUUGGAAUCUCUUUACAUGUAUAUAUUGAAGGUAUAGUCAUAAUAAGACACAUAACCAAA